AUGGCCAUGGUCAUGGAGAACCAGCAGCAGCCGGCCGUGGUGGUGGCGCCCCAGAUGCAGUUGAUCCCGCGCCCGCCCCCGCCCCCGCCCCUGCCUCCUCCGCCGACGGCGCCGGCGCAGGCCUACAAGCACCACUGCAGGGUGUGCAAGAAGGGGUUCAUGUGCGGGCGGGCGCUCGGCGGCCACAUGAGGGCGCACGGGAUCGCGGACGACGGGAUUAGCGCCGAGGACGACGACGGCACGUUGGAGUUGGACGACGAGGACGACGAUGGUGUCUCGGCGCCGUGCGGCGAACCCUCCUCCGAAGAUCACCAGGCGGGGAGCCCGUCCACGACGGCGAAACGAAUGUACGGCCUCCGCGCCAACCCUGGGCGGCUACGGAGCUGCCGGGUGUGCGAGAACUGCGGGAAGGAGUUCACGUCCUGGAAGUCGCUGCUCGACCACGGCAGGUGCGGCUUUGACGACGACGACCAAGACCUGGACGACGCCGCCGGCUCGUUGCGUUCCUCGUCGCCGCCGCGCGACCCGGCCGAGGACGGCGCCGAGGAGGACGACGAGGACCUCGCGCUGGCGUCCGGCUGGUCCAAGGGGAAACGCUCGCGCCGCGCCAAGGUGGCGGCCGGCACCCUGUCGGAGCUGCAGCAGUCGGCCCCGUCCAGCGAGGAGGAGGACCUCGCCAAUUGCCUCGUCAUGCUCUCGUCGUCUCGCGUCGUCGCGCAGCCGCAGCCCGCCGCGGCCGUGGUCGACGCCGACCAGGAGUCGUGCGCGUCGGCCAGCAAGGACGACGAGAGGAACCGGCUCCUGCUGCCGCAGCCGAUCUCCAUCGUGGCCCCGCUCGCGGCGCAGAUGAGGUUCCCCGCGCCGCAGGUGGUGGUUGCGCAGCACGUUCCGGCCGUGCCGCGCGGCCUGUUCGAAUGCAAGGCGUGCAAGAAGGUGUUCACCUCGCACCAGGCUCUCGGCGGCCACCGCGCCAGCCACAAGAAAGUCAAGGGGUGCUUCGCCGCCAAGCUAGAGAGCAGCAGCCGCACUGAACCUCAGUCCACCGCCACUCCUCCUCCAUAUCCACCCGACAACAGCAAGCUGUCCUUGACCGCCAUCUUAGGAGAAACAUCCACUACAGAACCAAAGAACCCUUACCUCGAUGACAGUCACAUCAAUCACAUCGGCAAGACUGUGAACGUGGGCACCAGCGAGGUUGCCGCGGCCACACCAGCGCCGGAAAUGCCGGUCGCUGAUGCCGCGACGGGACCAUCCGCCUUCUCGCCGUUCAAGAAGAAGGGGAAGGUGCAUGAAUGCUCCAUCUGCCACCGCGUGUUCACGUCGGGGCAAGCGCUCGGCGGCCACAAGAGAUGCCACUGGCUCACCUCCAGCUCGGCGGAUCCGGCCAAGCUCCAGCCCGUUGUUCCAGAUCACCUCAUGGCCGCCAUGUGCCACCACCUCACCCUCGGCCGCCCGGUGUUCGACGCCGCCACCGAUCAGCGAAUCCUUGACCUCAACGUGCCAACAAAUCCGUCGGCCGAGGCGAUCGCCACAAGACAGGCCGCCGAGCUCAACGAGAUCCCGCUCUGCCUCAACGCGCCGGCGUCGAUGUACGUGCAUUCCUGGACAGGGCACAGCAACGCCAGCCACGUGAACAAAACUAGGACGAGCAGCCGCAACGAUGCGGCCGCUGGUGGCGGCGGUGGCGCGGCCACGGAGGACGAGGCCGACAGCACCAGUGCGAAGAAGGCCAAGAUUAGCGACCUCAAGGACAUGAAGGUGGCAGGGGAGUCACUGCCGUGGCUUCAGGUUGGCAUCGGAAUUUCAUCGUCCGAGAACAACGAGAAGAGUACUCAAGAGUGA